CCACGUUCAGUUGGUGUCUUUUUAUUGUCAAGUAACACCAGGAGAUAGAUGUUAGUAAAAUAUAAUUCCACUCACACUGAACUGGAAACAGAGUCAGAGAUUACUGUGUGGAGAAAGGAGGCCACAUGGUGAUUAUAACCAGCCAAACUGAACAGGACUUUUUAUUCUCAAAAAAAAUUAAAAAACACUGGAUUGGAUUGAAUGACUUGAAGACUGAGGGUCAGUGGAUGUGGGUGAACAACCAGCCCUUAAAUGAGACGGGUGUAACGUUCUGGUUUAGUUCUCCAGGGGGAGCAAAUGAGCCUGAUAACUGGACAAAGAUGGACCCUUCUGGAGAGAAUUGUGCUGCUCUGGGGGAUGCAAAUGCGAUGCAAAACAGUCUGCUGUGUAGGACUUCUCUUCAUCAUUUAGGCCCUCCAUUGUCUCCCAGACAAACAGCAGUAAUUAAUCACUGUGUUUCGAGGCAAUAGUAAUAGAUGUUAUAAAAUAAAUUACUUCUACAUGUGUUUC